AUGAGUUUGACAUCGUAUUGUUUGUCAAUCGUUUUUGAUUGUAAAAUCUUACUCAGGUUGACUGUUAAAGCUAAUAUAUCACUCAAACACUUUACUGAUACGAUAAACUGGGUGGAGUACGCUUUUGAAGAAGCUUCGCGGUCUUUCCAAUUUGAUAUAAUAUUUAGUACCUCUACAAUUUUCUCGAAUUUGCUUUCAAAUUGGAGCACAGAAUCAUGUCUCUCGGUCCAUCGUCUUUCGCACAUACUAUGAAUUUGAUAUCCGUCUAGUUUUCUUUUUAAUACUGUAUUUCUUUCAGCGGACGCUUUGAAGAACGCA